AUGCUGGCGACCUGCGUGUGCGUGCUGAGCAGCGCAGAAAGACAAAGACGCGACCUGCAGACGACACCUAAACCAAGCAAAAGCGUCUCCAGCUCCAGGAGAGCACCCAUCGCAAAGGCGGCCAAGCCAGAACAUCAACAACAGAAUCCUGCCUGGACACAAAGCGCCAACCGUCGCCCAUCGACAUCGCCGCCAGCACCGACAGCCCUCGACGCCGGGCUCUGGCCGGAAUCUCAGCCAACCGCCAAAGCAGCAACAGGUAAGGAGCCGACCGAACGGCUCACCCGACAAAAGCCCCUACGACCACCGCGCCCGCACGUUUUCUCGCACGACCCAGCCCCCCCUUUCCAAAGCUACGCCCGCUCGCUCGACCGACUGUUUGCCCAGCCGCCGUGGUGUCUGUUGACGCCCGCCCGCGCGCAGUUUGGCCGCAAUCCACGACGACGACGACCACGACGACUUACGACCUUGUAA